AUUUUAACCGUGCAAUUAAAUUAUGCAGCAGAAGAAAUUGGGAAAUUGUCGUUAUGUGGUCGACAUUUUGCGUAACAUUUUCAUGUUUGCAACUCAAAAGAAUUACACGUCAUGAUUAUUUAUUAUUGUUUUAUUUUUCAAAAAUAGCUAUUUGUAUUUUGAUUGUAAUAAAGUUCUUUCAAAUGAAAGCAUAUUUACUAUAUACUAUCUAAAAUAACAUAAAAUAACAAUUACUAUAAAAAGUACUGGCCCGUACGGGGAUCGAACCCGCGACCUUGGCGUUAUUAGCACCACGCUCUAACCAACUGAGCUAACCGGCCGGAACGCAGCAGUGUUCUAUACUAUGUACCCACAUGUUUUUUUUUUUUAAAUGCUAUUUACAGUAGAAUACAUUAUAUUGUUGAAUACAACGUACGCCCUUCACAUUGAUAGGUACAAUAUUUGAACUAGGCCUACAUUUAAGUAACAAUCGACAUCAACACAGUUUUAAUUUCGUACUUUUUUUCUUUCUCGAGUUUUCAGGCUGUAUAUUUUGUCCCUUCAACCGUCCCGUACCUCCAAAUCACGUGUGCAAGUACCAUUCUGACAUUGAAGUCGAGCAACGAGGUUCGUCGCCAUGGUUUUUGGGAAGCGGAUCGCUGACGUGGGGUACCGCGUGUUCUCGGGCACCAUGAUGCUGCUCACGGUCUACGGCGGGUAUCUGUGCACCAUGCGAGGCUAUCGCUACUACCAGCGGCAGAAACUACUACAGGAAGCUGCAGAGAACCAAUCGGAGAUCCUCAAGGACUGACGCCACCCUGGCCUGUCCCACCCUUAAUUAUAUAUAUAUAUAUAUAUAUAUAUAUAUAUAUAUAUAUAUAUAUAUAUAUAUAUAUACUGUAUGUUCCAUUUGCUCUGGAAGGAUGCAGCAGUAACACAACCAUGCCAACAGACUUGUAAAAUAUGUAUUGCCAGAGGGAUUUACAGUACAGCACUGCAAGCUCCAAAAUAAGCUUGCAUCCAGGAUAAAGGGACUGUUGGUAUGUUUGCAGGCUCCAAGCAUUUGGGCUUUUACAGUAAUGUGUCUCGUUGCUGAUUUUGCCUGGCACCCCAGUGCUGUGUGUGUGUGUGACUUGCACUUUGUCUGUGUUACCAGGGUCACAGAAUGGAAACCCAAAUGAUUAAAUGUGUUUUUUUUUCUA